GUGUUGCUGCUUUGGAUUCCAGCAUUUCUGGGAAGAUUGGUUUGCGAGCAGUCAUAUAUUAUUUCUGCACUACAGUCAUAGCUGUAAUACUAGGGAUUGUCUUAGUUGUGACCAUUAAACCUGGUGUGACUCAAAAGGCAAAUGAGAUUGACAGAGUCGGCAGUACCCCAGAAGUCAAUACUGUUGAUGCCAUGCUGGAUCUGAUCAGGAAUAUGUUCCCAGAAAACCUUGUGCAGGCUUGUUUUCAGCAGUAUAAAACCAAACGUGAAAAAGUUGAGGCAACAACUGGUGUGGAUAAAAAUAGCUCUGCAUUUGCAGAAGAACCUGUUCCAACUGCUGCAACAGCAAAGGAUUCAGAGAACAAAACCCAAGAAUACAAAAUCGUGGGCGUGUAUUCUGACGGCAUCAAUGUGCUGGGGUUGAUCGUCUUCUGUCUUGUUUUUGGAAUGGUUAUUGGGAAAAUGGGAGAGAAAGGACAAGUGCUGGUGGAUUUUUUCAAUGCACUGAAUGAAGCUACAAUGAGAAUAGUUCAGAUAAUGAUGUGGUAUAUGCCAAUUGGUAUUGUGUUUUUAAUUGCUGGGAAGAUAACAGAAGUUGAGGACUGGGAAAUCUUUCGUAAGCUGGGUCUUUAUAUGGCUACAGUACUAAGUGG